UCAUGUCAUGGGUUCUGCUUUUGGAAGACUUGGAACAAUGGUGCUUCAGAUAUCUGUUUUCAUCAAUAAUCUUGGGAUACUUGUUGUCUAUAUGAUUAUAAUUGGUGAUGUGCUUUCUGGAACAUCGUCGAGUGGAAUUCACCAUUUUGGUGUGCUAGAAGGAUGGUUUGGUGAAUGCUGGUGGACUGGCCGUUAUUUCAUUCUUCUUGUUACAACCCUUUUCAUAUUUGCUCCAUUGGCAUUUGUUAAGAGAAUAGAUUCAUUGAGGUAUUCUUCUGCUUUAGCGGUGGCUCUGGCGAUCGUGUUUCUAGUCAUAACUGCAGGAAUCACACUGUUUAAAUUGUUUAAUGGCAGUAUUGCUAGUCCGCGGUUACUUCCAAACGUUACUGAUAGUGCAUCUCUAUGGAAUCUCUUCACAGCAGUUCCAGUUCUUGUGACAGCAUUUGUGUGCCAUUACAAUGUUCAUACAAUAGACAAGGAGCUAGGAGACUCCUCGUUGAUACAACCGGUUGUGCGCGCAUCACUCUCUCUGAGUUCGAGCAUCUAUAUUCUUACAGCCUUAUUCGGAUUCCUCCUAUUUGGUGAAUCAACUCUGGAUGAUGUGCUAGCCAACUUUGAUACUGAUCUUGGCAUCCCUUACAGCAGUCUCCUUAACGACGUUGUUCGCAUUAGCUAUGCUCUCCACCUCAUGCUUGUUUUCCCGGUGAUCUUCUUCUCGUUGCGCUUCAAUUUUGACGAUCUCAUCUUUCCUUCAGCUAGGCCACUGAAUUCAGAUCAGUGUAGAUUUGUCUCGAUCACCAGCGGACUUGUUGCUUUAGUGUACAUAGCUGCAAACUUUAUACCAAGCAUAUGGGAUGCUUUUCAAUUCACUGGAGCCACUGCCACUGUUUGCCUUGGGUUUAUUUUCCCAGCUGCGAUCGCUCUAAGGGAUUCCCAUGGCAUUGCAUCAAAGAAGGACAAGAUUUUAUCUGUUAUAAUGAUCGCUCUUGCCAUAUUCUCAAACAUCAUAGCGAUAUACAGUAACGCCAAUUCCAUGUUCAGGAAGGAAGUUGAUGAUCUUCAUUGACUGAUUAAAGUGCCUAUAAGUAACCAUUGAUAGAUAAAAGUUCCAUACUCUCAUUCCAAGCAAUUUAAGCAAAACAAACACUUUAAUGAAACCAGAGAAUGAACUUGUUUUUGGAUUGAGUUUGAAAAAGUGAAGUGCAAGACUCACUGCAAAGAGUUUUGGAAGAGGAACUGAAAGUAAAAGUGAAAAACUAUGUGAACAUUUAAACAUAUUUUACAUGUAAUGUUCAUAAUUUUCAGAGAACUUAAGUGGUGCCUAGCAGAUUUAGUUUUGGGGAGAAUGGUAAUAAUCAACUACCAAUUUAGUUUGGUACUUGAUUCUACAUUCUUUCUAAUGUUAAUUGCCCCUUGAAUAAAUGAAUACUUUUAGUGUCAA